CGUCACGUGAUUAGGAGCAGCCGUCUGCAGAAGUCCCUCUCUCCCAGGUACCAGCAGCCACCAGAUCCUUAUCUCCGUGGAGGAAGGCAGGCUUGAAACUGAGCGACAGAGGGGGGGCAGCUGCCCUAUAGCCCGGCAGAAAGCUGUUUUUUCUGGGUCUGUGAGGAGGAAGGCGUGAGUGAAGUGCUGUGGUUACGUCUGCCCUGCCCCCUCCUCCUUCUAAAAGCUACGUUUUCAGAAAAGUCUUCAGGUCUGUGGUCGUGGGCACCGAUCCAGCCAAGAAAAGGAAAGGCCUGCAGAAUCAGUGCAGGACAAGCGGCAAAGGAAAAUCGCAACAUGGAAAAGUUCUUCAAAGAAACUGAAGGAAAGCCGGAAAACAAGGGAAGGGCAGAAGAUGAAGGAAAUCCAGAAGAAGGAGGAAAUGCAGACGAAGACAAGUCCGAUGCAGACGGGAAGCCUGCACGCCAGGGGAAGCUAGAGGAGGGAGGGCCAGGUGAGCAGGGACAACAGAAAGGUGAGGGGAAGCCAGAAAAUCAGGGAAAGUCUGAAGGGGAGGGCAAGCCAGCCAGCGAGGCGCGGGCUGCCGAAAAGCGCCCUGCUGAAGAUUACGUGCCCCGGAAAGCCAAGCGAAAAACAGAUAGGGGGACAGACGAUUCUCCCAAGAACUCCCAGGAGGAUUUCCAGGACAGGCAUGUCAGCAGUGAGGAGAUGAUGAGAGAGUGUGCAGAUGUGGCGAGGGCGCAGGAAGAGCUGAGGAAGAGGCAGAAAAUGGGAGGUUUUCCCUGGAUGCCAAGAGAUGCUGCGCAGGAUGCUCUAGUCCCCCGAGGCCAACGGGGAGUCAGGGGAGUGAGGGGCGGAGGAGGCAGGGGCCAGAAGGACUUGGAAGAUGCUCCCUUUGUUUAAUGCCUUUGGCCUUUCCUUCUGAUUUCUUUGAUGGGAAAUAUUGCCAGCCCUGCUUCCCCUGGCAGGCAUUUGCCAGACUCUGUGCUUCAACCCUGUGCUGAUAUUUUCCUUUAGGUGUCACUCUUGUUACCAGCAGACAGCACCAUGUCUUUUAGUAAAGGACUUUCACCCAUGUGCAUGGAAGAGGUGUUCAUGGUGUACUGUAAAAUAAUAAAGAUAGCAGUGUGCACAACCACA